AUGUCGCUGCAGACUUCCGGAGGGAAGCGGGAGUGCGUCGCCCUUCUGAUUAUCGAGGCGAGCCAGGACCGUAACCAACGGGAACGCUGGCAGUUCGCUAAUUGUGAUGAUUCGAAGUCGGGUGCAGUCACUUCAGCUGUCGAGGAAGCCUACUACACUUCUGGUUUGCGACUCGAUCCCGUGUUGCCCAAGGAUCUCGGUCUGUUCUAUGAAUCGGAUUGCCUUGGCGGCUGCUUUGCGCUUGUUCAGUAUGACCCGGAGAUUGUGUCGUCCUGGGAGGGUUCCGAAUUCCUGGCGCCGGAGUUGUCGAAACCUGCGGCAUCGCAGCAGGAUGUGCGAUACCGUUUGCCGUCCUUCCCGGCAUGGGCAGUUGGCGUUGGUGAUGCCCGGUACUCUUCGGUUGAAGAGGAAGUCCUGGAGCCCAAUCUUUUCCGUGCGCAUCUGGACCAGGAGUGCGCUCUGGCGUUUACUGAGGCCUUCGUGGAGGCCGAGGACCUUCUUUGUCGGCUUUGG